AUGGAUGAUCACUUUGAUGUCUGCGUUGGUCUAUAUUGUGGACGAACUAUAUAUCAACAAAUGAAUGGCACGUCUUAUAGUGAUUGCGGUUCAUGUCUUCGCGGAUAUCGUGUGGACAAUGGUCUGUGUUAUGAAUGUCUUGAGAGACCAGAGUUUUACGAGUGGUUAUACAUAACUUUUAUGGCAUUUGCUUUAGUCAUAAUUGAGUGGUAUUUGACUGAACAAUGUGUUAAAAGAUGUCAAAUGACUUUUGAUGUCUUAUUUUUACAUUUAUUUGUUUUAAUUGAAGUUAUUAUCUCAUUAUUGGUCACACUUUUGGUGACCGAACCGAUCGGUUCAUUUGUAAUCAAUACCUGUCGACCAAAACGUUUAUCUGAUUUUUACACCUAUUUAUUCAAUCCAUCGCCGGAUUACAAAACAAUCACUUAUUGUACUCAAGAAGCAGUUUAUCCGUUAUAUUCAAUGAUAUUUAUAUUUUAUGCAUUUUCUUUAGUUUUUCUUAUAUUUCGUGUUUUUUAUUUAAAAUUAAUAUCAUUUUUGUUGAAAUUAAUUAUAAAAAGUGAUUUUCUUCAAGAUUUAGUCAAUGAUACAAAUACGACAAAAACAAUAUAUUUAUCUCUUUAUGUGAUUCCCGGCCUAUCCUUCAUUCACGCUGUCUUUUGUGGAUUAAUUUAUUAUUCAUUUCCAUAUAUUAUAAUAAUCGGUUCAAUAAUCUCAGUGGCCGUUCAUAUGGCUUCCCAAUUGGACCAAAGGCCUUCAAAGUUAUUUAAGUCAUUGUUUCAGAAGAGGAACUGUGUUAUCAUAAGUUGUCAUUGGAUUGUCCAUAUUUAUGGCAUCAUAUCAUUAACACAAUUAACAAAUCUAUCCAUACAUUUACCACUGUUAUGCUUAGCUCCCGUUCCUACUAUUUUUUAUAUAAUUACCGCUAAGUUUACCGAUCCAAACAAAUUGCAUCCKGAUUAAUAUAAUUAAUUAUUUGUUAAAGUACCAUUUUUAUUUAAACUUUUAUUUGUAAAAUUAUUUUUUU